AUGAGCAGAAUAGUGAGAUAAAAUUAACGUGCUGCUUAUUCCUUAAAUUAGUCAAUGACUAAUGGAUUACCAGCAUUGACUCCUGAUAAUAUGAAUUUGUGUAUAUCACAGUUUUAUGGGAGAAGACCUACUCAAAAAAUUUAUGAUUCACCUAUUAAUGAAAUUUAAUCAGGAAGAUAACAAAUUCCAUAUCAAAAAGAUAUUGAAUAAUUAAAAGAAGAAAUUAUUUAAUUGAAGAAAGAGAAUUCUAGACUUAAAGAUUAGAAUAAGUAGCUAUAGUUCUAAAUUAAACUUGAUGAGGUAACUAGAUUAUGUAAUUUGAUUAGAAGGAACAAUAAGAUAAAAGAACAACAUAAGAGGUAUCUGAUGACUAAAUCAAUUACAAUCAAAGUUCAAGAUUGGUUGAAAAACUUAAGCAAGCAAGAAUGUUGUUAUAGGAGAGAUAGACAGAGAUAGAAAGUUUGAAGAAGAGUACCCGUUAUAUGAAACUGCAAGAAAUGGAAGUAUUGUGCUUAUAAGUAUUGUAAGAUGGAGUUAGGAAAUACAAAAUCUAAGUUUGAGAUUUUGAACAAACAAAUUAAUGAAAUCUUGAAAACCGAAAAUGAUGUUCAUAAAUUCCAUAAAUUGACUAUCCAAACUGUAGAAUUGGAAGAGAAACUUAGAAUACUGUCAAAUAGUAAUCAAAAAUAGAAAAGAAAAAUUCUUUGUUUAAGAUAAGAAUUAUUAACUUGUUAAGCAAUGAAGGAUAGAUAUAGAAAAUAAUUAGAAUAAUGUUAAAUUGAAUUUGAUAAAUAUAAGAAAAAUCAUGAAUAAGAAAUAUAAAAGAAAACUAGAUAUAAAGAAAUAAUUGAUAACUUAAAUUAAUAAUUAUCUAAAUAGUAGAGUGAUAUCUAAUCUUUUGAAAUUGAAUUAGAAAAAUAAAAAUUAUUAGUUUUUUAAAAAUAAAGACAAUUUAAAGAAUUAGAAGAUUAAUAUCAAACUAAAAAAUCAUGGUUAACUAAUAAAAAAGAGGCAGAUACAUCAUUUUAAGAGGCAUUAGAUGAAAAAGUAAAUAAAAAUUUCUUAGUUUUGGGUGAUGAUGAUCUUAGUAAUUCUUAUAAACAAUAAUCAGAAACUAAAAUUAUAUUAGAAGAAGAUCAUAGAGAUAGAUCAUAUACUAUGUAAAAUAGAUUAAGUGUUGAUUCUGUUAGAGAUGAAUAAAAAUCUCCAAAAGUAUAAAGUUUAUAAAUCAUACCUGAUAUCGAAGUGACUAAAUAGAAAUUACCAAGAGUAAAUCAUAUUGAUGUAGAAGAAAUUGGAAAACAAUUAAAAUAUUAAUUAAUGACUUAACAUGUAGCUUUUGAAUAAAUAAAUUAAUUUUUUGAAUGGAAAUCAGAAAUAAGUAUUAUUGAAUUAGUUGAUAUACUAUAAGGAGCUCCCUUUUGUAUGCAAUAAUAAAAAUAGGCUUUACUUUUAGCAAGAUAUUUAAUUGAAGAUAAUACACAACCUUAUGUUGAAUUCACACCAUUAUAAACUAAUGAUAAUUGUGUCAUAAAAAGUGUAUUAAAGAAUAUUAUAGGAAAAUAUUAAUUAUUUGAUAAUGAAUAAUAAAAUCAUAUAAUGUAAAAUAUAAGUUAAUAAAUUUGGAAAUUUAGAUAAUCUAUUGUUGAAUAAAUAAAAAUGAUUACUUCAAAGAGAUCUAAUUCUUAAUAUAAUGAAUUAUGUGAUGAGAUUGAAUUUAAAAAUGCAAUUUAGGGUAGUAAUAUACUUUUAGAUGAAAGAUAAAAAGAAUUUUUAGGAUUUUUUAUUUUUAGAGAAUUUGAUGGUUCAAAAUAAUUUGAUUACAAAAUGUUGAUUGAUAAGAUUGGAAACUAGAAUCCCUAGAAUUCACCAUCGAAAAUUAACCCUUAGCAAUUUCAAUGA